AAAUGUAUUUCCUGGUUCCCUGCUGGAAGAUAUUCGUCCCGCUCCGUGUCGCACCGCAGGGAGCCAUGGCGGAGGCCCGGUGCUCGGCCGAGGUGGAGGAAUAGCGGAGCCCGACAGCGGAAGCGAUGCGGACAACUUUGAGGUGGAGGUUGGUGAAGUUGUCCGUCACUUCAGCUGUUCUCGUCCUGUCCGCUCACCUCCUGCUGGGCUCCGGCAGCCGACACUCCACGGAGCCGCCCACGCUGCCCGGGGAGUACCGGCUCCUCUCCCCGGACUCCUACCGCUACCUGCUGAACCAGCCCGCCGUGUGCCGGGACAGGAGCCCCUUCCUGGUGUUCCUGGUUCCGGUGGGCCCUCAGCAGGCGGCAGCCCGGGAGGCCGUGAGGAGGACCUGGGGCGGCUCGGACCGGAACACCGUCACCCUGUUCUUCAUGGGGCUCCCGGAGGGUCUGGGGUCUGCGGUCCAGGAGGAGCUGAUGGAGGAGAGCAGGCAGCAGGCGGACAUCAUCCAGAUGAACUUCGUGGAUAGUUACCACAACCUGACCAUCAAGACCGUGCUGAUGAUGCGGUGGCUGGCCACGCACUGCCCCGCAGCCUCCUACGCCAUGAAGGUGGACGCGGACAUCUUCGUCAACGUGUUCCAGCUGCUGGACCGGCUGAGGAGCUCCCCACGCCGGGGCUUCAUCACCGGCUCGGUCAUUCCGGGACGGCAGGCCGAGGAGGGACCCAGCAGCAAGUGGUACCUGUCCGAGGAGCUGUACCCCAAGGACAGCUUCCCUCCCUACGUGUCCGGGGCCGGGUACGUGUUCUCCUCCGAGCUGGCCUCCAGGAUCUGCUGUGCCUCCAGGUCCGUCCGGGUCAUCCCGCUGGAGGACGUGUAUGUGGGCUUGUGCCUGCAGGUGCUGGGGGUCCGACCGGUGUACUCCUACAGCCUGCCCACCUUCAGGAACCUGUUCGAGAUCCGCAACCUGCAGUACGACAGGUGCACCUUCAGCAGGCUGGUCCUGGUCAAUGGGUUCAAGCCUCAGGAGCUGCUGCAGGCCUGGGAGGACUUCUCCAGAGGUCACCACAGCUGCUGACUGGUCCAUAUAGCUGCUGACCAGUUCAAACAGGAAAGGAAGCCAUUAGAACCAAAGUCGUGUUUAGGGUUUGGAGAGAGCAGUUCUGCUGAAGUCAGGUCAUCUCUGGAGAUGAGGUCAACCAGCUGAUUAGUUGAUCAACAGAAACUUCUCAGCUGUUCUGAUCAUCAACUAGUCGCUCCUCUGGUGGUUUCUCCUGCAGUAAUGCUCCAUCAGAUGUCUGAAACUGAUCACACCGCGGGUUCUGAAGUGAAACUCUGCUUAGGAAAACAUUUGUUCAAUUCUAAAUCUGUCAGACAAAUUGCAGUUAUAUAUUUGCCCCAAAUUGCUCACUGGGUUUUCAGACUUUUGGUCAGAUAAGAAGUCAUUUGUCUCUUUGAAAUGGACAUUUACUACCUCCAGAAAACCACAGACGUUUAACAGGUAACAGCAGCUUUAUUAAAAAAAGAAAAAGGUCGCUUUAUAGAGAUUUUUUAAAAAAAAUGGAGUUAUGAUAGAAAUAUUAUUAUUGAUAGUUGAAGUCAUUUUGAAAGCAAAAGUCUGAAACGUUUGAUGGAUUCAUUUUCUGAAAUGUGACUGAAUCUCACUGAGGGAAAGAAUCUGCAGAUGAAUUGAUAAUUAAAAUAAAUGAAAGGUGCCUGAUUUCAGGAUAGAAUUCUCUUUCCAACAUAACGUACUUUAAAUAGAUCAAACAAUGAAUACAAAACUAAUCUCAGCUGAUUAAUCAAAUGCCAGAAAGGGAGAAAAGCCAUGAGUUUCCCAGAGGUCGAGGUGACAGCUUCAACUGUUCUGUGCUAUUAAAAUCCAAACUUGUUUUUGGUUUUGGAAUGAGUAAUUAACAGAGAAAAGACUUGUUAGUUACAGCCCUGCUUGCAUGAACCAAUCACUGUGUUCUCCAAAGAUCUGUCUUCACACACCACCGUUCAAAAGUCUGGGGCCUCUUAGAAAUGUCCUUAUUUUGUAAAAUGAGGACUAAUGGUGCUGAAAGGCUCACUGAUGAUUAGAAAACCCUUGUGCAGUUAUGUUAGCACAUGGAUAAAAGUGUGUUUUCAUGGGAAACAUGGGAUUGUCUGGAUGACCCCAAACUCUGAACGGUAGUGUAGAUGUAUUUGCUUAGUUUCUACAAGUAUUUCUGUGCCUCUAAACCACCUGUUAAGCCUCACACCGAUAAUUGGUCAUUCAUUUUCUGUAUCUGAAUAACCAGAUUAUACGUUCCAGUUAGGAAGCAAUAGUCCUUUAACUCUUUAAGGAGUCUCUUUAUUCUUGAGAAGUCGAGGUGUUGAGCUUCUUCCUGCUGCAGGUCUGACCUGCCACUUUCUGUUUUAUACCAAAGACUUUUUGAAGAGUGUUCUUCACUUAGUGCCUGACGGGUUGAGGUCCAUGUGCCUUUCCCCAGCAACAUACUGGGCCUUAUGCAAGAAUGUUUUUCUCUCCUUUUAACUCUCUGACUUCCCUCUCUGAGUUUAUGAGUCCACUCCAGGUUAGACUCACCACACUGUCUGAACCGGACGCUGUUAGAAGUUGCUGUUUGGGCCUGAUGGGUUUAAUCUGUUCAUGAUGUUUUGACAGUCCUAGACCACUCAUGAGCUUCCUUCUUCCUGUAGAGACAGUCUGAAGGCCACGGAUUCCUGUUCAUCCACUGCUACGCUGCACUGAACUCCAUAUUUGUUUGAAGGAGUGGUUCUUGCAUGAGACUCAGUAUGAUAAAAGAUUUGAAAUCUCAGCUGGCUUCAUUGCACUGCUGCUUUUCGUUGUAAGCUAGACUUUGAACCAGAACCUGCAGCUUGUUAGUCGGGUUACUGUGCCUGUUCAUGGACGGAAUGAACCUCCUGACACUGUGCCUGUUCCUGUAUGUGCUGUAGUUCCAGCUGACAGCCAGCAGGUGGUAGUAUGGAGCUGUGCUGCAGAUAGACCAUCACCUUCAACAGUCAUAUUAUGAAGGAAAUAACUUUUUCUGUGUC